CGACAUUCCUAUACUCGCUUCGUCAAAUCGUGCAACACGAACCUGGCCAAGCUGAAGGCCCUGAGCUGCACCUCGAAACAGGAGUCAUGAAUCCGUCCUAAUGCAUCCCCUAGGCCACCUAGAUCCAUCUCUUCCCGCCACCAGGAGUGCUCCUCUCCAGGGAAUCAAGAUGCCCGGAAACAGUGGUGAAAUCGGACGCAGCUUGGAUCGACAUCGAACCGCAAGCUACAGACUCUCGUGUAUCAGUGAACACCAGAAAGAGAAUACUCGAAGUUCCGAGGACGAUUACUUCUCUUCGCCCGCCCAGGUGAUCAAGACUCCCUCACUGGAGCCUGUUCGAUGGCCAAACCGACGACUCCAGGUGAACGGAAAGUCCCAACGCUCCAGCGAUGGAUCCACUGUCAGCCCUUUUCACUUAGACACCGAGAUCAAUGGUGUUUGGGGUCAAGAAGCGUCCCAUCGUCGGCCCCCUCAACUUGUUCUAUCAACCUGGCAAUGUGCAAGAUCUGUUAAAUCCGGAGAACAAACAGAACAGCAACACGAGGACUCUUUAGUCCCAAGGCUACCCAGUCUAGCUUUACCUGGGGUUUUCGAAGUGCAAUGGCAGGUUGUUCGAUGGAGGGAUGCCCAGUCGAGAAAUCUCUACAUCAAAGAACAUAGACGCACAAUCUCUGGCACCGGGUUCGAUGGACCGCUCAGUUCUACCAGCGGCGCUUCAUCCCUUCCUUCCCCGAACGACAUGUCGAGCCCGCCUCUUGGCCCAUUACUGCUCACCAACUGUAUUCCAUGCAAAUCUCGAAGGUCUAAAUCUGACACCUCGGGCUCAGCAGACUGGGAACGGAAGCUUGGGAAAGGACAUGGCGUAUCUGAGAGCUCGGAUCCCGACACGCCGACUCACAAGAACCUCGCGAGUUCGCCAUCAACCGAAACGGCGAACGAGGGUUUGGACCUUCGCAGACGUGUAGAAUACGAUAAUAUAUCUCAAUUCCGGGAUUCCCAAGAAAGUGCCCUCAAGUCGUGCCCUGACUUUUACCGACGGUCUUAUUCCGUUGCUCGGCCUUCCACAUCUGUUCUGGACACAGUCAGAGAGCUCAAGCCGCCAAACUACAAACAGUUCGAUACCAGUCGACACCAGCAUCGCCACCGUAUCCAGAACACGGUAUCCAAACGAUUCCAUUCGCUACGCGACAGGUUUCGCCGGGGUAGAUCGUCCUCGAUGUUCUCUGUUCGCCCAGAGUUUCCGCCACCCCCAGCCGGCAAAGUCCGCCGCUACCGGUCCCGGAAUUCAAAUGAGAUCUGGCCAUCAUCCGAGGAGUCGCCCAUCUUCAAUACCCCUGCGUCUUCUAAAAGCACCCCCAUACAGCAGCAAAAUGCCGUGCUACUCGCGGCAGCUUCGGGACUCAGGAUCGCCACAGUCGAGUUGGAUCGGCUUACGAACUACUCAAGAUCGGCCAAGUCGAGUCUCGAAGCAGCACGAGUUUCGAGUAGCUCCGAUAGUGAAGAAUCAUUUGUCGCUGAUACUACCCCUGAUGUGCCAUCGAACUCACAUUUAUCUCUGUUGUCGCCGCCGGCGGUUUUAGCGAGUCCGAUGGUGAGGUCGCCACAGUGGCAGGGACUAAAGAGUCGAAGACAGCAUAGCCGCCUUUCAGAAGUCACUACGCCGGACGAGGUCAACAUGGCUUCUGAGAGUGGGCCUUUAGCUACGUAUUUCACUAGUAAAGCGCUUCGGGACGCUUUGCCGGAUAUUGAGAGCGAGGGUUGCAUGUCUGAGCCGUUGUCUACCAUACAGGGUUCACAUCAUGUUACAAAUUCUGAACCUUGUCCUGACUCUGGAUCUAUUAUGACGCGAAUGCAAGUAGAUUGUGCAAACGCUUCGGCGACAGUAGGGAGAACGUCGGCAGGCGGUUUAGACCUGGGCCCCGAUGAAAGUACCGUCAAGACUAAGACUAGAGAAUACGAAGUUGAUCAGAGAUCUUCACUACCGCGGUCUGGGUUCAUGGGGAUAAGGAGUGAGCCAGGUUAUUCACCGAAAGAGAUCAAGAAAAGGGGCCUCGCUUCCACUGCCCGAUCGUCGUCAGAGCAAUCGAGCUUUUCUACAUAUAAAGAACAGGAACAGAGUAAAAAUGCGUUAGAAAGGUCGUGUCACCCUGAUACAUGGUCGCCGGACCGCGGCGAACCGGGGGACUCGGAUCCCUUUUGUCCCGAGCAGUGUGUUUUCUCGGAUCGAUGUCGUCACGACUCGAAGACGGGAUGAAAUCGCCAAGAUUUUUGUAUGAUUGGGGUACGGUACGGUGCUGGAGG